AGGAAGAAAGCUGCUGUGUUGAGGCCGACAACUCAGACACCAGCAGAGGGCUGGAGCAGCUCCGUGGAAGGGAUACACAUAUAGCGUUAUAUAGUUUUAUACUGGACACCAAGAAAUGGACCGAGUCGGUUAGUCCAAAUUAUUUGCUCCGGGUGUCGAGGCCGCCGCGUUCCGUUUCUCCCCUCCGACGGUGUGUCGCUGCCUGCCGCAGGUUACAUUCAUCCAGACCCGCUGCUAUUGAUGGGAUUGCUAGGAGAGCGAGGCUGCUGUGUGGCGAAGCAGACACCGACAAUCUGUCUGAGAUUCUUGAAAUCGUUAUCCAGCCGGGAGGGAAGAUAACGACUCAGCUGUUGCUGCUGGCGGCCGAGGCUAACAGCUGAGUCUGCCGGAUAAACCUCUCGGUGAAGCUCCAACUCCAUGGACGAAGUGAGCGGCUCCAGCCGAGCUGAUAUGACUGACCUAUAGACGGCAGUCUGCUUAUUACCGGGCCACUAUUUCUACGGCAGCACUUUAAAGCCUCGGUACCAGUGCCAUGAAUCAGCCUGGACAACAGCUGCUACCCACAUAGAGGUCACUUUACCUCUCUUUCCAUUUGCUUCGGACCAGAGGAUGCUGGGAAUGUGUCGCGGGCGCAGGAAGUUCCUGGUGGCCUCUCUCGCCCUGCUCUUCAUCCCAGCACUCACCUGGCUUUACCUGUCAGUCGGGAGCUUCCAGGUGAAGCCCCUCCCUCUGUCUCCAUUGGAAGCCCAAUCAUCAACACCAGUGGGCGGAGCUGGUGAGCGGCAGGCCUUGGAGCUACGGGUCCGGGCAGUGGAGGAGGAGAACCGAGCACUGCGCCGGGAACUGAGCCGGCCACCCAGGAGCCCGUCUGCACGCCAUCCAAACGGUGGUCACCGUGGCAACCAAAGCCGAACCCAUUCAGAGGAGGGCACCGGUGACAAUGAGGGCCAGAAGGCUGCUGCUGGGGGAAACAGCUCAGACUGUGUGCAACAGCCAGUGGUGGAUAAGUGCGAGACCAUCCACGUGGCCAUCGUGUGUGCCGGUUACAAUGCCAGCCGAGAUGUGGUGACACUGGUGAAAUCGGUCCUUUUCCACAGGCGGAACCCACUUCAUUUCCAUUUCAUCACAGACUCCAUUGCUCAGCAGAUCCUGUCCUCUCUGUUCCAUACCUGGAUGGUCCCUGCCGUCAAGGUGGACUUCUACGAUGCAGAUGAGCUCAAGUCUGAGGUGUCAUGGAUCCCAAACAAACAUUACUCUGGAAUCUACGGCCUGAUGAAGCUGGUGCUCACGAAGACGCUGCCGUCCGACCUGCAGAGGGUCAUCGUGCUGGACACAGACAUCACAUUUGCCACUGACAUCGCUGAACUCUGGGCUGUCUUCCACAAGUUCAAAGGUCAGCAGGUUCUUGGUCUGGUGGAGAACCAGAGUGACUGGUACCUGGGAAACCUGUGGAAGAACCAUCGACCCUGGCCGGCUCUGGGCAGAGGCUUCAACACUGGGGUCAUCUUGCUUCUCCUGGAUCGUCUGCGGAAGCUGAGAUGGGAGCAGAUGUGGCGGCUGACUGCAGAGAGAGAACUAAUGAGCAUGCUGUCCACCUCCUUGGCAGACCAGGACAUCUUUAACGCUGUGAUCAAACAGAACCCGUUCCUGGUUCACCAGCUGCCCUGCUUCUGGAACGUCCAGCUGUCCGACCACACCCGCUCUGAGAAGUGCUACAAAGACGUGUCAGACCUCAAGGUGAUCCACUGGAAUUCUCCCAAGAAGCUCCGAGUGAAGAACAAGCAUGUUGAGUUUUUCCGGAAUCUCUAUCUAACCUUCCUGGAGUACGAUGGCAACCUGCUGCGGCGAGAGCUGUUUGGCUGUCCCAGUGAGGCUGACCACAACAGUGAAAAUCUCCAGAAGACUCUGUCUGAGCUGGACGAAGAUGAUCCUUGCUAUGAGUUUCGCCGAGAACGAUUCACCGUCCACCGAACGCACCUCUACUUCCUCCACUAUGAGUAUGAACCCAGCUCUGACAACACUGAUGUCACGCUAGUCGCCCAGCUCUCCAUGGACAGGCUCCAGAUGCUGGAGGCCAUUUGUAAGCACUGGGAAGGCCCCAUCAGCCUGGCCCUGUACCUUUCCGACGCUGAGGCCCAGCAGUUCCUGCGCUACGCUCAAGGCUCCGAGGUGCUGAUGAGCCGGGGGAACGUCGGUUACCACAUCGUCUACAAAGAGGGACAGUUCUACCCUGUCAACCUGCUGCGUAAUGUGGCCAUGCGGCACGUUAACACACCCUACAUGUUCCUGUCCGACAUCGACUUCCUGCCUAUGUACGGCCUGUACGAGUACCUCAGGAAGUCAGUGGUGCAGCUGGACAUGGCCAACGCCAAGAAAGCACUAGUGGUUCCAGCCUUUGAGACGCUGCGAUAUCGUCUGUCUUACCCAAAGUCCAAGGCUGAGCUGCUCUCUCAGCUCGACAUGGGCACACUCUUCACCUUCAGGUAUCAUGUUUGGACUAAAGGCCAUGCUCCUACUAACUUUGCCAAAUGGCGAACAGCCACCACGCCCUACAGGGUGCAAUGGGAAGCCGACUUUGAGCCCUACGUCAUGGUGAGAAGGGACAGUCCUGAGUAUGACCGCCGCUUUGUGGGCUUUGGCUGGAACAAGGUGGCUCACAUCAUGGAGCUGGAUGCACAGGAGUAUGAGUUUGUGGUUCUGCCCAACGCCUACAUGAUCCACAUGCCUCAUGCGCCAAGCUUCGAUAUCACCAAGUUCCGUUCCAACAAGCAGUACCGGGUCUGCCUCAAGACCCUGAAGGAGGAGUUCCAGCAGAACAUGUCGCGGCGCUACGGCUUUGCCGCCCUAAAAUACAUGACGGCUGAGAACAACAGCUAGCCACCACUGCAGACCCUCACUCCCCCGGCCCUGAACUACUGACUACCUCCAUGGGCUGGGGAAGGAGGGGUCACAAGAAACAUUCAGCCCCAUGUGAGGCCAUCAGGAUACUUUGUUAGAAUGUUUGACCUGAGUGUGGGUCUUCAUGUCCAUUCUUUGUCCUCUGCUGUGGAUGUAAAAGCUGUGAAAGAGGACAUGAGCGCCCACUAGGCCCGGGGUCGAGCUCUGGCCCUGACAACUGACACGCAGCAGGCGAGGAAAACAGACAUUGCCAUAUUUGUAAGGCCAGUGAUCGGGUUGUUGGCAGCGAGUAACGUGAUGUAUGUAUGCGUGUGAGUGUGUGUGUGUGUAUGCAGGUAGAUGAAAAGUGUGACAGUGCUCAGCAGAAAGCUUAAGGGGAGCUGAAGAUGUGAAGCAUUGUGGGCUUACAUUCUGUAUCCAUGCCUUCCAAGUGCCAACAAAAAGCAGCAGCGGUCUGACUGACAGCACGCCUCGAAUCAAAUGCAAAUUGUCACCAGGCGGGCGAGAUAAAACAAAGCGAUAAACAUGAUUUUUAAAUCUCAUUGUGACAGGUGACACGCUCAGACAUUGAGGCGAGCAGCCAGCCAGCCGACCAUCUGCUGCUGCUUAAUGUGUUUCAUAGCUGAUGCAGACUAGAAUAAAUCCUCCUCCUUGUAUGACAAGGGAAGUGAGGCACAAAGAUGGCUGGAGGUCAUCCUGGCGGUUGAUAUUCAUGGUAUCUCCACAUCAGCUUGAGCGUGUUCCCAGUGUGUGUUUCCACUAGAGAAUGUGACAGCAGCUGGUGCGCUGUGCUCUUUGGUGUAUUUUACAUUAACGCCAGUGCGGUCUGUACAAAUACUUGCUGGAAGUCCUGUCAGUCUGUGAAGCUAACCCCCCCCCUCUUUCUUUCUCUCACUAUUUCUUUCUCACUCUGGCCUCUAGUUUGAUGAUGGUAACGCUGCCGCAGUGUGUGUUUGAAAUGAAAUGAUGAAUCCAGAUGGGGUCACAAUGAAAAGGUUUUCCCAGGUGACUCUUGCUUCAACCCAUACGGUGAAGCUGAGACACCUGAAGCUGUUUGGUAACUGACACCAGAAGAAGAAACAUGUUGUCAGUUACAACAAAAACUACUGUCAUUAAACACAAAGUCAUUGAUGCAGUGCACAGAUCGUAUAGUGGUUAAACUGAUCAGGGAUCAGUACAAGCUGCACUACAAGCACUCACUCCACCAUGAUCAUAUAAUCAAGAUUCACAGUCAUGUGAUAUAAGAACUGUUUCUAAGGUCAAGAAUAAACUUUCAUUCUUAACGUAAGCUGAAACCCAUGGUUAUAAUGCAUUACAAUCAUGGUUAUAAUGCACUACAAUCAUGGUUAUAAUGCACUAUAAUCGCUGAUAUAAUGCACUACGAUCGUCGUUAUAAUGCACUACGAUCAUGGUUGUAAUGCACUACAAUCGCUGAUAUAAUGCACUAUGAUCGUCGUUAUAAUGCACUAUGAUCAUCGUUAUAAUGCACUAAAUGGUUAUAAUGCACUACGAUCAUGGUUAUAAUGCACUAUAAUCGCUGAUAUAAUGCACUAUGAUCGUCGUUAUAAUGCACUAUGAUCAUCGUUAUAAUGCACUAAAUGGUUAUAAUGCACUACAAUCAUGGUUAUAAUGCACUACGAUCAUGGUUAUAAUGCACUAUAAUUGCUGAUAUAAUGCACUAUGAUCGUCGUUAUAAUGCACUACGAUCCUGCAAGAAUAAUACAUUUGAAAAAUCACAGGUUAAUUGAACUAAUUGUGCCCAUUGUGGAACUAGAUGGCCUCUCUCUCUCUCUCGCUGUCAUGACAGCAGUCUCUCACUCUGUACAGGAAAGCUGCAGACGGGCUUGGUGCAGUUGUGUGUGUGCGUGUGUUUGCGUGUGUGUGUGUGGCUUUGCGGGGCUAGGAGAACUUGCAGUGUGUAAGUAGGUCAGUCCUGAUUGGUGCUGCUACCUGAAUAAAAGCAAAAAGGUC